UAAAAAGAAAGAAUCUCCGAAGUAACCCAUUGUAAACAUUUGAGGCGCUGCUGUGUUGUCUAUUUAUGUGAGGGAUAAUUAUGGCAAGGUCUUCUGGAGAAGAAACAUGAAGGAGACUCUCUUGAUAGUGAGUCAUCGCCAAAGCUGACUCCAUUUUAGCGUUAACUAGAGAGGUUUACUCUGAAAAAGCAAAUUAUUGCGGCUUAUUUGCUUCCACUAGUGGUGGAUUGUAGAUCAGAAUAUGCUUUGGAGUGUGGAAUGUGGAGUGCUGACCAUGGGUGGGCUCCGCAUGUCUGAUCUCAGACCUAUGGAACCCAGUUCAUCGAUGAGCAUGAAUUACUACAGAGCUCUGUCUUUCACUCUCAAGCUCACGUCGGCUUUCCCUGGUCAUCCAGCCCACCAUCGGAGAUCUUUGCUGUGUCAGAGUUCUGCCAGGUGGAACCUUCCCCCGCUGCCACCAUUUCCACCCCGGAGAGUUCCACGCUGGCAGGGCAACCCCUUCCCCGAUUGAGCAUCGGGAGGAAGACCCUGGUGGCUGCUGCUGUGGGAGUCAUGCUGGUCCUGGUUUUGGUCGUCUUGAUUCCUGUGCUGGUAAGCUCUGUUGGCACAGGUGGUGUGGAUGACAGCACCAGUCACUAUGAGAUGCUUGGCACUUGCCGCAUGGUUUGUGACCCCUUCCCCAGCCCGAGCACCGAAGGAGCAGGGGAGCACGAUGGGACAGACACAGCAACCACAGGCCUGAGGUCAGAAGAUGACGAAGAAGAUCUGGCUGAUUAUGGCAUUGAGGCUUCUCUGCCAACCUACAGUGCUCACAACUCUCAAGUCAAACAAGGACGACCCGGGAAACCGGGACCCCCGGGACCUCCUGGAGAGCCAGGUCCACCUGGACCAAGAGGACCACCAGGUGAUGGCGUGGAUGUUGUACGCACGGGGAUACUUGACAUCGGUGGAAAAGGCUCUGUCAGCACGACCACAUACAGCACCAUGCCCCGGGUGGCUUUCUACGCCGGACUACGAAAUCCCCAAGAAGGUUAUGACAUUCUGCGUUUCGAUGAUGUGGUGACAAACAUUGGGGGAAACUAUGAGGGAGCAUCUGGCAAGUUCACCUGCAAAAUCCCAGGCACCUACUUUUUCAUCUACAAUGUGCUGAUGCGUGGAGGAGAUGGUACCAGCAUGUGGGCUGAUCUGAUCAAGAACGGUCUGGUCAGAGCCAGUGCCAUCGCCCAAGACCAGGAUCAGAGCUACGACUACGCCAGCAACAGCGCCAUCCUCCAUUUAGACGCGGGCGACGAGGUUUUCAUCAAACUGGACGGAGGGAAAGCUCACGGAGGCAACAGCAACAAAUACAGCACCUUCUCAGGGUUCAUCCUUUAUGCUGACUGAAGGAUGAGGAGAGUUCACUUCAGGUCAUUUGGGACCGUCACACAGAUCUAUCAGUGAGGUUGCCCAUAGCCGCAGAUCCAUGGUCCAAUGGCCAGUUGUAAAGGGCCGUCAUCAGUGCAGUGAUCUGUGGUUAUCGGUACCUGUCGUUCUCAUCCUCAUUGUAUUCAGGGUGCCUAUGCAGCUAUUUGAUGAAAGCGAGCGCCAGUCAAUGUCACGCAGCAGUGCUGCCUGCCACUUUGAAGCCUCAACAUCACUCUUGAAAUGUGCAGAUUAGCAGUUUCAUUGUUCAUGUGCUGUUUCGAGUUCUGUGCAAAUGGUGUUUUCUAACAUGUGAUCACAUUGUUGUCUGUCCAUAACAGAGGGCGCCAACAUGAGAUUAUGAUUGUCAUGAAAUGCAGAGAGUAUUCAAACACUCCAUUGCGUGUCUGUGUAAACAUAUUUUCCUCUUAGAUUUGGACUUCUGCUAUGUAAAGUGCAGAGUCUUUGACAAACACAGUGUAAAUGGUGUUGGCAAUACAUGUCAUAAAGUCGAUUGUGAGUCCAUUAAAAU